GGGGGCGGCUGCGCGGAGCGGAGCGGCGGGCGGGGGCGAGCCGGUCGGCAUGGCGAAACACACGGUGUCGUCGGCGCGGUUCCGCCGGGUGGAUGUGGACGAGUACGACGAGAACAAGUUCGUGGAUGAGGAAGAAGGAGGCGACGGGCAAGCGGGACCCGAUGAGGGCGAGGUGGACUCGUGCCUGCGACAAGGGAACAUGAUGGCUGCACUACAGGCGGCUCUGAAGAACCCUCCUAUCAACACAAAGAACCAGGCAGUGAAGGAUCGUGCAGAAAGUAUUGUCCUGAAGGUCCUCAUCUCUUUCAAAGCCAACGAUAUCGAGAAGGCAGUGCAGUCGCUGGACAAGAACGGUGUUGACCUGCUAAUGAAGUACAUCUACAAAGGCUUUGAGAGCCCCUCUGACAACAGCAGUGCUGUGCUGCUGCAGUGGCACGAGAAGGCCCUGGCUGCUGGAGGAGUGGGGUCCAUUGUCCGCGUUUUGACUGCCAGGAAAACGGUUUAAAUCCAGCAGUGAGUGGUUGUCUGCCAUCCACAGCGUGGGAAAUGCUGGUACAAAACCCAACCAAACGCCAUUGCUGCCCUGUGGGCAGCGCCUGUCUCUCAGCUUGCCUUCUCGCUACUUCUUUCAUACCUGACAAAUAAUGCAUAUCGUGAUCUCUUUUUUUUGUUCAAUUCUGGAAAAUUAUGAAGGUGCAAUUUUAUUUCUAACAGGAAUACUUGGUACUCGCGAACAUUUCAGUGACACGUAUAGCAACAUAUACAACUUGAUGUUUAGGGUGAUUUGCAUUUGUGUACAAUUGUGGCAGAUUUGGACCUGACUUUCUGAGCAAAUGCUGAGGGACGUAGGGCAAUGUCUUAAUUCUUUUCACUAGCCAGGCAGUAUUUCAAUGCAAGAUCUAUAUUUGAGAAGUGGGGCAGCUAUUAAUACAGGUAACUGGACCAUGUUUCCUUUGGUCAACCUCUGAAUCUACAGCCAUGAAUAGGACAGAAAGCAAAGGCUCCCUUCCGACCCUGAUUAUCAUUCCAGAGAGCUGAGCAUUUUCCUUAACUCACAUCUCGCGGCCUGUUCCGGUUCCUCAUCAUCAGUCAAAUGCUGGGUCCGCAGCGGGAAAGUCACAAUGAGAUGAAGUUGUCUGUCAUGCAGUUUGGAUGGUAGAAUCUAAAAAGUUGAUGGUCCAUUUAUGCUGGAGCCCAGCCCAGUGAACUGGUUUUUUUUAUUUUGGGAAGCAAAGAUCCUGAAGAGAAGAAGAAGCAGCAGCUUUCAUACAACAAAUCGCAUUUCAGCAACUUGAAAGUGAUUUGAUUUUUGUCAAGCACAACAUAGUGGCUGCCUGGGGUAAUCUGAGAAAUGCAUACUGGUAUCAGUGCCAUCCUUGCAAAGCUCCCAUAUUUUGUUUUCUAGAUAUAUACGGUCUUAAAGGAUACCAGACAGUUCACAUUCCUGUUGUAUUGUGUCACAGCGUGUUAGCUAGUGGGUGAAUCAGGUUCCAAAAUAAAGAGGAGUACUUAAAAAAGAAUUAGGAAAGCCCAGGGCAUCCCGGACCACAGAUCACCGUUGAAGGUUCAGGGCCAGGACUGAAAUACGUGUGUUUUACGUUCAUCAUUUUACUGCAGUUCAGUUGUGUAAAAUUGUUGGGGAACUUGUGAAAUCUUUGCUGGUUUUUGAUAUCCGCUUUUUUUGUAAUAAUAAUAAAGACCAGACAAUAAAUCGUCACUGAAUAUUUAC